UUUGUGGUUUGCGAGAAAUGGCUGGUAUGUCAGCCGCGAAUGCGGCUCCUAUUACGGCCACCGAUAGUUUAUCACAAGCUUUGAAGGCUAAUAUAAUCCCGAAUCAGGAAUACCUGCUUCAGGGUUCUGUUUUGGAUUCGGCUGUAGAAGUCUUACUCCAUCGCUUACGAGGCUUGUGCGAUAAUGUGGAUGCUGGCCCAGAGACCUUCGAUGAUCAAGAAGUUUGUUUCAGUUUACGAGAUCCAAACCAACAGGCUGCGCCACUGAUGCUUCGAGUACGAAAAGCCUUGGACUAUCGCGACAUGCCCUUCCAACUCCGGUACAUUGGACAGCCAGAUCUAGGAGUAGGAGACAAGAACAGACCCACAGUAGUGCGCUCUAGCCUGGAUAUUGCCUGCAGCGGAAUGCUCAUAGACUUUUUGAAUGAAUUGGGCUGUAGAAUUGAAUUUGAAUAUAGUGUUAAAGGUUACAUGUUCAGAAAAGGGAGAAUGAAGAUAACCGUUGCAAAAGUGUUCAAGAUAUCCCAAGGGUCAAUGCCCCCGGAGCCUAUAUCUCAGAGUUAUCUGGUGGAGUUAUCUGUCCUAGCACCGCAAGGUCAAGAUGCCAUAGCUGAGGACAUGCGCGCAUUCGCCGACCAGCUCCGACCCCUGGUACAACUGGACAAGAUCGACUACAAGAGGCUGGGACACAUGUCCGUUACAUAACCCAUGUUCCUCACUUAGACUGGCCUCACACUGACCAACAAUACAAUAGGUUAGUGUGAAGACAGCCUUUGUUGCACCCGCGAAUGGUGAUUCCGUGAUACAAAUGGACUUUUACUUUUUUAAGCCAUACAACUAAAUAAAUUCAGUGUUUUUCGCAUA